AUGUCCGCGCCAGGCGGGGCCCCCAGCCCUGCACCACGCAGUGGCAGCAUGGGGCCUGGUGGCACAAAUGGCAGUGGAAGCAUGUCCAUGCCCUCCCAGCAGCCACUGUCAGGCACUCCUGUGCACUCCGCUCCGACCCCCGGCCCGCCGCCUCCCCCUAGUGGCGCCAUGUCGCAGCAGAAUCUCAAUCAAAUUGUGAGUGAAUUUGAUCCCAAGCAGGCUACAGCCGCACCGAAGCGAUGCUUCGUAUGGAGUCGGCCAACCAAGAGAUCGACGGACGCCCUCUCCCUCCCUUGGGCGAAGAUGCUCGUCCCAAAUACCAGCAAGGUUUUGGCCUGGGUCGAGGAGAGCCUCGACUUGUACAAGCCUGAGCUUCGCCGUGUCCUAUGGCCGCUCUUUGUCUAUUCGUUCCUGAACAUGGUCACCUCCUUUUAUCCCCAGGAAGCGAAGCAGUUCUUUGAAUCCAAUAAGAACAUGUUCCUUCCUGAGCACACCGAUGACAUCCGCAUCCUGGAACCGAUCAGUCUGCCGGAGCAUGUUCAGGACAACGCGACCGCAAAGCUGUACCGUACCAACAAGUACCGCCUUGUGCUGAGCAACUCCGCCUAUACCAACCUGCUCCAGUUCUUGGAGAGCAAGGAGAAGGAGGGCGGAUCGGUCAUGACCGCGAUUCUGAGCAGCUACUGCACGCUCAAAACCAUGGAUCGCGCCGCAGAUAACCGUUUCAGUUUUGCUGCGAUGCUGAACCAGAUUGGUGCUGGUAAAACCUUCCCUGCUGAAGAUGAGGGCAUCCCUGGCCAUCAUCCCGGCUCCGCGUACACUGGUGACAAUCCAGCUAUGGCUGGAACUCUUCCAAGACUGAAGCUUGGCAAGCUCCCCAUGGAGCAGGGAAUGGAAACAGACGUUCGCGCUGAGCUUGCAGAGGAAGAUGCCAAAAACCCGCCGAAGGAUGGGCAGAACACUUUAAUGCAGGAGUUUGACGAAAUGAUUAAAAAGGAAGAAGACGAGGAAGCCCCUUCUCGAGCCGACAUGUCGUACCCUCCGUCCAUGGCUCAAGACGUUGAAAUGGCGGUCGUGCAGGUGAAGGAGCACCGCGAUCGACUGAAGAUCGAGGGCCGCACUGGCGGCGUGGGCCCCGGAGUCAGCGUGUGCAUGUUUACUUUCCAUAAUACUAUGGACUCGAUCUGCUGCAUGGAUUUCUCGGACGACAGCGCCUUGAUUGCUGUCGGAUUUCAGCAGUCUUACAUUCGCAUCUGGACUGUGAACGGAAAGCCUAUUCCGUCGGCUCAUCCAGAGCUCGACACCGGACCACCGACGAACUCCAAGCGUCUCAUUGGCCACAGUGGGCCUGUGUAUGCGGUUUCAUUUUCCCCAAGUUCUGUCCCGAGGGACAAUACUCCCGGGGCGGACCGAGUGUCUACCAAUUCUCGAUGGCUGCUCUCCUCGUCGGCAGACAAGACGAUUCGGCUGUGGAGCCUGGACACAUGGCAGUGCAUGGUGGUCUACAAGGGCCAUAAUCGUCCUGUCUGGGAUGCUCGUUGGGGUCCCUUCGGUCACUAUUUCCUUUCGGGCGGCUCCGACAAGACUGCACGGCUCUGGAUCACUCAUGAGCCUCGCCAGACGCGCAUCUUCGCCGGCCACGACCAAGACGUAGACUGCAUUUGCUUCCAUCCCAACUCGGCGUACAUUUUUACAGCUAGCUGCGACCAUACGGUUCGCAUGUGGGCGGUCACCACCGGAAACGCGGUUCGCAUGUUCACCGGACACACCGGCAAUAUCACCGCUCUGGAAUGCAGCCGUAAUGGUAAACUUCUGGCUUCUGCUGAUGAUGAUGGAUCUAUUUUCCUGUGGGAUUUGGGCCCUGGCCGACUCCUCAAGCGGAUGCGGGGACACGGCAAGGGCGGCAUCUGGUCGCUCAGCUGGAGUGCGGAGUCUACCGUUCUGGUUUCUGGUGGAGCUGAUGGCACAGUCCGUGCCUGGGAUGUUGAUGCUCCCCAGGAAUCCACACAGGGACGUGUCAUUCCUCCCGGAGAGGGAAGCUCGAAGAUCGACGGUGGCAACCCGUCCGCUGCGGGUGCUGCCGGUAAACCCAAAAAGAAGAAGAAGGGCAAGGAUGAUACAGUCACUCCCGACCAGAUCAGCGCUUUCCCGACGAAAAAGACUCCUGUCUACAAGGUCAAGUUCACCGACUCGAACCUCGUCGUGGCGGGAGGGGCGUAUCUUCCUGAUCUGCCCUAG